AUGGAACGAAGUAAGGCACACUAUGACGUGGAGAAACUGGAGGCAACUGACGAUGAAGGCGAAGAAGAAGAAUCUAAUGAGACGGUCGAUUUCCGAGAUGAAUAUCAUCAAAUGGGGAUCGAAUUGAAGGAUCAUGUGGUGGCAUCAUCGGGUGACCUGCUCCCGGUGCCAUCAUUCCACCUGGCAUCAUUGUUUGUCGUGGAGACGACAUAUUCAGCAUUGAUCCCGCGGAGGCAGGAUUCUGGAAUACCAUUCCUGGAGUGGCUGGAGUCGCCGGUCCCAGCUGAAUCUUGUUGGGACUUUGCAUUGAGAACGAUGGACUUUGUAACCGUGUCCAGUCUGGAGGAACACUUCCGGGCAUUGGCAUUGGACUGA